AUGACCAGUAACGGGUCUUCUGCUGUGGCUGUGGAGACACGCAGCGCGUGCCCCAUCGUACGUACCCAUCAGCGCUUCCUUCUUUGUUCUCUGGAGUUCACGCAGCAGUAUGCACCCAUGUACCGAUGCCGAAUGGGGGCGCAAUACGCGUCUGCUCUGCAUGCCAUCCAGCGCAUUGUGCGGGAGGACCCAAUGUAUGGUCCAGAGGCCGGCGUCAUGAAGCCUUGGCGCGUGCUUGAGCUGCAACCCGGCGUGCCAGCUGUGUGCGUCGGCAUUGUGUACAAGAACAUGAAGCUGCUGCCCCGCUUCCUUGACGAGUAUCAGAGUGAGCUCGUCCGCAUCGACGCUGGCGAUGACGACAACGAUGAGGUGAGUGGCGUCGUAGAGACCGCGCCUCUCGACAGAUCUGGGGAUGCUGCAGCCGCUGUAAUGCACCGCGGCAAUGAGGCCGAAGAGGAUGUGAGCAACGACGGGCAAACGCUUGCCGCCACCGAUGAGCACUACAGCGUGUGCAACAGCGCCGAUGAGCUGAUGCUGGAAGACAGCAGCGGGCGUGUUCUGCUGCAGGGACUCGAUGCCGAGCGCUUUUGUACCGGGAUCGUGCUGGGCGUCUACGGUACCCUUCUCCCCAAUGGCUGCAUUAAGGUGCUUCGCUACGCCUUCAGCGGAGACUUGGGCUUCACGUUUGUCCCGCGCCCGCUGAUUCGGACCGCAAGCCCGUGCUACAUAGCCUUUGUGAGCGGACUGAACAUCAACAUCCCGCGUGGCAGUGGCAAGGAGGAGCAGGCUGCUGGGGCUCGCGCGCGGGCCUCGCUGGAGCUGUUGAUGGAGUUCCUGUGCGGCAACACGGGCAACGCCUCCUUGCGAGCCAAGGCGAAGUGCGUCUCGCGACUGGUGAUUGGCGGCGACAGUAUUGCCCCCACCGACGAGCUGAAGCUCAAGAAGAAGGUGAAGCUCGAUCCGUCUGACCACGUGCGGCUGAACGAUGACAAGGCACAGGCUAGCACGGUCACCUCCGCCGCGCUAAUGCGGCAGCUGGACACGCUACUGGAGCGCGUUGUGCGCACCGUGGAGGUGGAGCUGAUGCCGGGCGCCAACGACAUGUCCAAUGCGUUUCAGCCGCAGCAGCCGCUGCAUCCCUUGCUGCUCCCCAAAGCUGGCAAGCACUCCACGCUGCGACUCGUCUCGAAUCCGUUCUGCUUCACUGCACAACCGCCCGCCGCGGUCACUGCCGAGGUGGAGGUGAGGAGCGAGGAGUGCGUGGAGUCGGAGGCGAAGAAACACAAGGCUGAGGUAGCCGACGGUGUCAAUUUCUUCGUGACGUCCGGGCAGAACAUAAACGACGUGGCCCGCGAGUCACGCUUUCCGACGCGGCUGGACACCAUGUGUAUGGUGGUGGUGUCUGGCUGCGCCUGCCCGACGGCCCCCAACACGCUCUUUAGUUACCCGUUCUGCAACCAAGAUCCUUUCCUGUUUCAUCACACGCCGCAUUGCGUUGUGGCGUGCGAUCAGCCGCAGUUCGAGACGCGCUACGCAACGCUGGAGGAGCUGCACGAAGAGACUCACCGCAGCUUCACAGCUCCAGCUUCGCUAUCAGUGCGAUCGAAGGAGAAGCCGAGCGCCGCGUUUGCGAAGGACGAGGAGAACAAGGCUGUCCGUGCAGAGGCUGGCGUGCGCUUGAUCUGCGUGCCGUCCUUUGCCCGCUCUGGGGCGCUGGUGCUGGUGGAUGUGAACUCAUCAACGCUGGAGACGAGUGUCGUGACCUUCUCGGUGCCGUGA